ACAAAGAGAGGAUCUGACGUGGGUGACCUUGCAGGAGCCAGCACCAGCCAAAGUUUAUCCUAAAGCUCUAUAUAAAUAGGCCUGCUCCCUCCCCUCCUCCGCCCAGAGCCGCCGCCGCCGCCGCCGCCGUCAGCUCCGCCGUGGUGCUGUAUUUUGGAGACGGUGGCUGCAGCCAUGUUGGAAGGUAAAGCAAUAAUCGGAGAGACGGAUAUGUUGCAGGGGAUGCAGCAGGACGCGCUGGACCUUGCGGCUAAGGCCCUCGACAGCUUCGAUGUCACUGAAGCCACAGAUAUUGCUCGUUUCAUUAAAAAGGAAUUUGACAGGAUACAUGGGCCAGGAUGGCAAUGCAUAGUCGGCACAGAUUUUGGAUCAUUUGUGACACAUUGUUUUGGGUGCUUCAUCUAUUUUUGUGUUGGAAACCUUGCAGUUUUGCUCUUUAGAGGCUCUGCAGGCCCACAACAAACUGAGCCUACUGAUCAGUUUGCUGCUUUGGAGGCUCUCAAAGGAUGAACCAAAAUUGCUUCUCUCUCUCUCUAUUUCCCAAAUUUAUAUAUAAAUUCUCUCUCUCUCUCUCUCUCUCUCUCUCUCUCUCUCCUGUUUAUGCAAAGUGUGCUUGUAGUUGAAGAAAGAAAGUCUCUCUUUUUGGAGAGAUAUUUGGAUCAAAACUCUAGAUUUAACUGAAUGCCCUCAUACAACCUUGUGUUUGAUAGAUCAAUCCAUUUAGGAUCAUUUAUUGAAAUUGAAUGGAAUGGAUUUUACUAUUUAUAA